GUUAAAAAUUUCUACUGCUAUGAAGAUGAACCUUCUAUUAUCAAGAAUGUUAAGAGAGGCCUGGUUAGCUUAUUUCAAAUACAGCUAAAUUCUGGAUCUACAAGCGAGAUUGAUAUCUGUGGAAAAUGCAAUGUGACUUAUCAAACUCGACAGAAUCAGAUCACUAAAGUGAAAGCCCUGAACUCUUGCCAAUUAAAACAGCCAAGUGUAACUAACCACAAUCAGCUCUUCGACGUAAAGAAAAAAUCCACUUCCGCUGUAAUUUAUAUACUGGAGGACACCUUCAUUAAAUCUGUGCGGGCUGAAGAAAACCAUAUUUUUAAUUUGAAAUCUCUGCAACUUAUUGAUGCCAAAGUUAUUUCAAAGCAGAAACUGGAACUGAGGUCAACUGAAGCUGGUCCAAGAAUGAAGGCUGGGAAGCAAGUUGCCAGCAUUAUAAAGGCUCUGGAUUCAAAUUAUGUGGCAAUUUCAUUGAUGGCAGAUCCUGUCUCUUAUGAAUGCAAACAUUGUCCAUCACUGUUUCAGCAGUGGAUGGUCAUUCGAAAACAGCUUGAACCAGAUAAUCUUUCAAAAGCCGAUGCCGCAAAAGGAUUUUUGGCAUUUAUCGAGAGCCUGAAGAAAGCAACAAAAGAAGAAAUCUUACAGCUACUGAGAAAUGAAAAUAAUACAGAAAUACUUCCCCAACUAGUUGAUGCAGUGGCCUCCACACAUACUUCAUCCUCUCUGGAAGCAAUGUUGGAUUUUCUGGAUUUCAAGAACAAGAGUGAAUCUCUCCUUCAGGAACGGUUCCUCUAUGCUUCUGGUUUCACUUCUCAUCCCAAUGAGUUAUUACUCAGAUCUUUAAUUAAUAAAUACAGGAGUCCAAUUGGUAACAAUGAAAUCAGAGAAAUGGUUAUUAUUAUUGCCGGCGCACUCAUCAGAAAACUGUGCAACGUGGGAGGCUGCAAACUGCCUGCUGUUGUGGAAGCCAAGAAACUGAUAUUCCAAGGCUUGAAUAAAGCAGAUAAAGCUGAUGAUGUGAAGAUGUUCCUUUUGGCACUGAAAAAUGCCCUUUUGCCAGAAGCUGUUCCUGUGCUGCUAAAAUUCGCUGAGUCAGGAGAAGGACCUAUCAGCAACAUUGCUGUUACUGCGCUACAGAGAUAUGAUCAUUCAUCCAUCACUACUGAGGUGAAAAAAACCAUGAACAGGAUUUACCACCAGAAUUAUAAAGUUCAUGAGAAGACCGUAAGAACCACAGCUGCUGCUAUUAUCUUCAACAGCAAUCCGUCCUUCAUGGAAGUUAAAAACCUCCUCCUCUCUAUUGGAGAGCUGCCACUGGAGAUGAAUAAGUACAUGCUUUCACUAGUCCAGGACAUACUACGUUUUGAAAUGCCUGCCAGCAAAAUGAUCCGUAAAGUCCUGAAGGACAUAUUGAUUCAUAAUUAUGACCGAUUUUCCAAAAUGGGUUCUUCUUCGGCCUUCUCUGGUUAUCUAACACGUGGCCAAAUUCUAUCAUCUACAUAUAGCCUUGAUAUACUGUACUCUGGUUCCGGUAUCUUAAGAAGAAGCAACAUGAAUAUCUUUCUUUUCAAUAAAUUUGCUCAACUUCAUGCCAGCCAGGUGAUAAUUGAAGCUCAAGGUCUGGAAUCUAUUAUAGCUGCAUCUGCAGAUGAAGGAGAAGAAAAUCUUGACUCCUUUGCUGGUUUGUCAGCAAUCAUGUUUGAUGUUCAACUCCGGCCAGUUACUUUUUUCCAAGGAUAUAGUGAUUUAAUGUCUAAAAUGUUCUCAGCCACUGGAGACCCCAUUAAUGUAGUGAAAGGGCUCAUCCUUCUGUUUGAUUUCUCACAGGCUAUCCAGCUGCAAUCUGGGCUGAUUUGCAAUGCUGAAUUCAAAGGAGGUAUGACAAUUGAUGUAUCAGGAGGAAUGGAGUUCAGCCUUUGGUACAGAGAAUCCAAAACAAAAGUUAAAAAUCGGGGAGCUGUGGCCAUGGUUGGUAACUUUGUUGUGGAUGCUAUGUUUGUGAAGGCUGGCCUGGAAACCACUUCUGAAAUCGAAGCAAUGUUGGAUUUUGUCACCACAGUGAAAUUUUCACAAUACCCGUUUUUGGUCUGCAUGCAGAUGGAUAAAACCGAAAGUCCAUUUAGGCAACACCUAACAAAAUAUGAAAGUCUUCCUUCUGGAAAGCCGUACAUCUCUCGGAAAAGAAAAGUGAGCUUGGUGGCAGGUUCUGAAUAUCCCCUUCACCAAGAAAAUUCCCACAUGUGCAGGAAAGUCUUCAGUGACCAAGACGAUUUUUCUGAAGCUUGGUUUUGAAAUAGGCACCAGAUCUUGAAUUUUACUAAAAAAAAACC